AUGGUUUCCCUCCGCCCCUUCGUUCUCGCUUACGCAGCUGCAGCUGGUCUCGCCUCCGCAGCUCCAUCGAUAUCCAGUCUUGCUAAGAGGCCCGCAUCAUUCGUUUCCGGCACCGUGAACAACACACGCGAGUUCUACGUCACGAUGGUAGUAACCGAAGGCACUCUCCUCACAAAGUAUGACGGCCAGCAAAUUGAAGCCUACCACACCGGAGCUGGAAUCGCAGACCCUGUCUUCAAAGUUGCCGGGACGCCUGCCUAUCUGAACAAUACCCAGCUGCAAUUCGACGCCAACGCAUACCCAUUCUCGCUGGUCGCGAGUGCGGGCGAUAGCAACUACGCAAGAUGGGAACCGACUUCCAUCGGCAUCAGCUACGGUAGCACAGGCUUUGCAAACCCAGGCUCGAAGGGCAUCAUCAUUAACAGCACCGAGUUCGGCGGCUGGCUCGCGUGCGAGUGGUUCCACGGCGCGAAUCUGCCGCAGCUGUUCCAGCUCAUCAAGGGCUUCAACGCACCUGAUGAUGUCUACCCGGCGAGUUGCGCGAGGGUGAAGCUGGUUCCGAAAUGGAUCUGA